CAUCACACACUCAUCUACAUCAUGACCUUCACCAUCUUCUCCAUCACCUGCCUUGCCCUGGUGGCCUCUGCUCUGGGUUGUGGAGUGCCUGCGAUUAAACCACAGACUAUCGGCAGCAGGAUUGUGAACGGACAGAAUGCUGUCUCUGGUUCUUGGCCCUGGCAGGUCUCUCUUCAGCUCGCCAAUGGUUUUCAUUUCUGCGGAGGAUCCUUGAUCAACCAGAAUUGGGUUCUCACUGCUGCUCACUGCCCUGUUGUGGCUGGCUCUCAUCGCGUCAUUCUCGGAGAACAUAAUCGUGGCUCCAAUGUUGAACACAUCCAAGUCAAACAAGUUUCCAAGGUCAUCACCCAUCAGUUCUACAACAGAGAAAACUAUAACAAUGACAUUGCUCUUCUGAAACUGUCGUCUCCAGUCACAUAUACUCCUCGUAUGUCUCCUGUAUGUCUGGCUCCAUCAACCAUCAACAUCGUGCCUGGAACCCGCUGCUUCACCACUGGCUGGGGCCAGACUGCUACCACAAGUAACCCUCGGAUCCUGCAGCAAACAGGCAUCCCCAUCUUGAGUCCUGCUGCGUGCAGACAGAUCUGGGAUCAGAGCAGAAUCACUGAUGCCAUGAUCUGUGCUGGGGCCUCCGGUUCCUCGUCUUGCCAGGGUGAUUCUGGUGGUCCUCUGGUGUGUGAGAGUUCAGGGGUCUGGACUCUGGUGGGAGCUGUGUCCUGGGGAAGAAGCACUUGUGACCCCCGUUUCCCUGCGGUCUUUGCUCGUAUCUCUCAGCUGCGCUCCUGGAUUGACAGGACUAUCGCUUCCAACUAG